ACUUUGGGGCCGAGAAGCCACGAAGUCCUGAUACUUGACAUACUGAACUCAGUUGGGCCUCCUGGAGGCAAUAAAGUCGUAUUUCAAUCCCUGCGCGAUCUCAUCGGUCUCGGAGGGCUCGGCGGAAAUGUCAUUGACUGGGCGCAAAUGCCGCCAGCUUGCGACCCCGUUUUCAUCUUGGACAACCCUGCAAACAACACAAGGAGGAGGGGAAACCUGGAGCAACAGCUCGGGGCAAUGGUGCUGGGGCGCCCUGGGGAAGCGGCUGCUGCUCCAGCACUUGCAAGUGGCAGCGGCGGCAACGGCGAGCAGCAGCCCGUGCCAGGGUCAGCUACACGGAGCGCGGCGCCUUCCCAAUGGGCGGUCGGCGCCGGCAGCAGAGUCAGCCGCGGCACUAUCAAGCGCUGGCAGGUGGAGAGCUUUGCGGCAGUGCUGCGACACCUGCUUGGUGGCAGUGCGCACACCCAUGGCAGCGGCCCACACCAUACACCUGCCGCUACUACCGCUGCUGCUGGCGGCGCCUCGCGCCCGCUCCGCGUUGUGGACUUCGGCUGCGGCACGGGCACGUUGAUGCUGCCGCUUGCGGUGCUGUUCCCGCACUGCCACUUCACAGGCGUGGAGAUGAAACCGGCUGCGGUGGCGCUUUUGCAGGAGCGGGCGCGCGCCGCCGGGCUCACCAACGUGUCGGCGGUGCGCGGCAUGAUUGAGACAUACACGCAGCAGCACUUCGAUGUGUGCCUUGCGCUGCACGCGUGCGGCAAUGCCACGGACGCGGCCCUGCUGCUGGCGGCGGCGCGGCGGGCGGCCUACGUGGUGUCUCCGUGCUGCGUGGGCAAGCUCAAGUUCUCACUGGCUGGCGGCAGCAGCUUCAGUGCCUCCGCCUUCGCCUACACACCCCGCAUGCCCGGGGACAGGCCACACAGCCGCACACCUGCAGCACCUGCACCAGCAUCAGCACCAGGGGCAGCAGCCGACACGUCCGCAGGGUGUAGCAAUGGUGCGCCUGGCUCCACUGUGGACGGCAGCGCUGGCGCUGGGUCCGCGGCGGCAGUGGGCUCGCAAGCUGCUGCUGGGGUGACCGGGUCCUCGACCUCGGCCCCCGCAGCGGGGCGAUGUGCGGCAGGACAAGGAACACCGGGAACAGUGGAACCGACGCCGCCAGCAGCCCCAGAUGCUGCUGCAGGCGGCUCCCGGCACGCCCAGUCGUGGCCCGAGCCGGGGCCUGGGCCAGGGGUGGAAACAGGGCCGGCAGGGCCAGGGCCGGCGGGGCCGGGGCCAGCGGGGCCGGGGCCUGGCUUCACAGCCGCGGCCGCGGCCGCAGCAGUGGCUCUGGGCGAGCUGCGGCACCCGCGCUCCAGCUGGCUGCGGGCGCAGCUGCCGGAGCCGGAGGCGCACUUCCGCAUCCUGGCCAAGGUGGCAGACCAGAACCACUCGGGAGGCGCUGGCAGUGGUGAUGGUGGUGGAGCCCGCGGGACGGCGCCAGCGCCGACAGCAGACCCGGCGUCAGCUGGAAGCACUGUGUCACUGGCAGCUAUGGCGGCGGCCGCAUGUAAGGCGCACGUGGAGCUUGACCGCAACAUGGCGGCGUGUGAGGACGGCUACUGCACGGGUCUGUUCAAGGUGCUACACGAUGACGCCAUGGCCAAAAGUGACCUGCUUGUGGGAGUGCCGGCGGAGCGGGGGGAGUGGGCGGGGCUGGCGCAACUGCUGGCGUGCAAGCCGCGGGUGGCAGCACACGCGGCCAAGGAUGUCCCGGCGUGAGUACCGUCGGUGGUUUGCUGAGCUGGUGACCUGGGCUGUGGAGUGCAGGAGUGUAGGGUAAUUCGGGAGCUUGAGGAACUUCAGAAUGCGUUGGCACCGGGGGUGUCCCCACUGACUGGUGGGGUGUCCCUGCGAGGGUGUGCCCGAUGAAGGGCUCGUCAAUGCCUGGUC